UUCAGGCGUCGUGAAAAAAUCUGGCGAAGGCGUGGACGUCUCACAGCGUCAUUAAGUCAGCCAGUUCAAUGCUGGUCCCGUGAGAUUUUUUUAUGGAUUAAAUUAAGUACUUCCAUCUUCAUUUCCCACCUGAUCGCAGCCAUAUAAAUCCCAACAGCUGAUCAACAGACUUCAGAAAGCCCGACGCCUUCAGACGGAACAGCUGGGAGAUAAAGCAGGAGAGAGGGGAGCGAGCAGGCUGACGCAGACUCAGCUGUUUCACUGUCCUUUCUGUGUCUUUAGGGGUAGAAAAGCAGCUCGGAAACUAGAGGACUAGUUAGUUUAAACUUAAAGCUCGAACCUGGAAGAUACGAUCGUCGUGAAGGGUCCCAGCGGAACUAAAGAGAGCGCGAGAGAGCGGGAGCUGUCCAGUGCUGAAUACGCGCCGCCGAACGGGAGCUGUCCAGUGCUGAAGUUGCAUUUCUGCCGAAAGCAUCGCGGCGUCGCGCUGCAUCAACACAAGCGCUUUCAGGGGCUCGAGGGUCUGCCGUAACCCUGUGCUGGCAUCCGAAUCUCGGCAUCACCGAAGAGGAACGAUACUAAAAAAAAAAAAACUAAAAAAAAAACGCAUUUUUUUCAACGUUGCAUGAGGAAAAGCGAGCGAUUCGACCGGUGGACGAGUGUUUUUCCCCUUCAACCUGAAACAUGCCAAGGUCUUUCCUGGUCAAAAAGGUUAAGCUUGAUGAUUUCUCAUCCGCUGAUUUGGAGAGCUCCUAUGGCAGAUCCAGGGCAGACCUCAGCCUGCGCUUUCAUGAGAAAGGGUACAUCAGCGACUACUUGACCCCGGCCCCGUACGACGGCGAGAGCGACAACGGCAUCAAGGUGCCCUCGCCCGGACCCAUCUACGACAGCAUCCACAGCGAUUAUGGAGCGCCGGAUUCGGACCAGCCCGACAGCCCGCAGUCGGAGAUCUCCUCGGGCUACAUCAACGGAGACAACGCGGUCAGCGAGGGCUACACGGUGGACGCCUUCUUCAUCACGGACGGGAGGUCGAGGAGAAAAGCCAUCAGCAGCCCGAGGAGCCAUCAGCGGCACACGUGCAACGAGUGCGGAAAGACAUACGCCACGUCUUCCAACCUGAGCAGACACAAGCAGACGCACCGCAGCAUGGACAGCAAAAUGGCCAAGAAGUGCCCCACCUGUGGGAAGGUUUACGUCUCCAUGCCGGCCAUGGCCAUGCAUUUGUUGACCCACGACCUCAAGCACAAGUGCGACAUCUGCGGCAAGGCCUUCAGCAGGCCUUGGCUCUUACAGGGACACAUGCGCUCGCACACGGGCGAGAAGCCCUUCGGAUGCGCGCACUGCGGGAAGGCGUUCGCCGACCGCUCGAACCUGCGCGCGCACAUGCAGACACACUCGGCCUUUAAGCACUACAAGUGCAAGAGAUGCAACAAGACCUUUGCCCUAAAGUCCUACCUGAACAAGCACUACGAGUCGGCCUGCUUCAAGGGAGCGUUCGCCCCUCUGAGCCCCCUGGAAGCGUGAACCGCGCCGCUGAGCCACGAGGAUUAAUCGCAUGUACCUUAACUUUUCUUUUCUAAGUGUACUCUUUCUCCCGCUGUUCACGUAUUCAGAGCCCAAAUUCCACCCGUUUUGCCAAAACUCAGAGGACAUUGAAAAUGUCUUUGUUUCUCUCGAAAGGUCAAACCUUUUCUAAGUAUUGGAUAAUAUUGUACUGCUGCCAGUGGCCACAAAAGUGUUCAGCAUUGAGGUAAAACUAUUUAUUCAUUGACUUAUUUAUGUAUUUAUAUAUUUAUUUGCACUUUAAUUUGUCGUUCAGUUGCCAAGCCUUCGUCAUCAAUAUGCCAAAGCAUUUGCCACUUUCUGAAUAUCUUAUUUUUUGGUUGCCACUUUAUAAAUUUGUUGCAUGCAAAAAAAAAAAAAAGAAAGAAAAAAGAAAAAAAAAAUACUACUACUAAUGAAAUCUAUGCCAAUUUUAUGAAGCUUUGGAUUUUUUGCCAAAACCUAGAUAGCAUCCGUCGGCAAUAUUUCUCGGGAGUCAUGAUGAAGAAUAGAGCAAUAAUGCAUGGUAUUUUUAAAAGCUAAAACGAGUAAUAACUAUAGCAUUUUUAAUCACAAUUUUAUCCAAUACUACCAGUAGUCGUUCAGAAGUUAAAUAUCAGGGAAAUGCCAGAGUAGUAUUAGCGGAUACUUCCACGGGAUGGGGCGGGGGGGACGGGAUAUAGGGUCCUUUUGUAAGUGGUUAUGCACUGCCUGCCUCUUAUUUAAUAACGUAGUUUUAGAACGUAGCAGCGCAAACCUGGGAACGCUGUCGUAGGAGAUCGAACGCCGCAACACGGACAGCAGAUUGAUCUUUGAAAAGCACUUCUUUGAGAACAUUUCAGACUUUUUUUGAAAAAAAUGAUAAUACAAAUAGUAGCACAAACCUUAGCAAUUCAGGUAGACAGGCCUUGUAUUAGUCGAACCUCUGUUUUUGUAUUUACGGACAAGGAGAACUAACUGUUUAAUGCAAGACGCCUUGUAAAUAAUCCUUUGGAAUUGAAUAUUUCUACAAGCUGUAAAGAAUCAAAUGAACUUAUUUCUGGACUUCUUUUCCCUGGGUUUUUUUCCCCCAGCAUUUGAACAAUGUAAAGCACAAACGACACCGGGCAUUUUCUCACUUCAUAAUAAAGAACCAAUAAGUAA